GUGUGUUGCAUUCCUUCUUGGAUGUUGACAAGCAUCCAUCAAAAUAUAACGCAAAAACCAUGACAGACGAAGAUUUAAAGGAGCAAAAAGAACAAGAAUAUUGAUAGUCGACGUGUUAUAUUCUCAUGCCAAUUCCGCCGUCCUCAGCUGAGGUCAAGUCAUAAUUGGUAUGGCCGGCAGUUUGCGCUGGUAACAUUGACUCACAUAUGUCUUGCUGCACCUCGGGACGAGCUUUCUUUUACUGGUAGUUUCCUGCAGGCUGCCAGGAAUCACGUGGGCUGUUAACGGUUACUGAUAAAAUUGCUCCACAGCCGAAGGAGUGUUGUCCCUUUCAUCUCCAAAGCUAACUGAUAUUCAGAGGAUUGGGACCAUGGAUUGUUGCAAACCCUCGAAAAAAUUUGAGGUGAACGAAGCAAAAGAUGUACCAACAUGGUGCUCCUGUCGGUUCAUGAUGGCCUAUGUUGGCUUCUUCGGCUUCCUGUUCCUCUACGCCCUGAGGUUCGAUCUCUCCGUGGCCAUCGUGUGCAUGGUGCGGUCGCCAGUGGUCAAUGAGACUGAAGGGACCAGUAUGGUAUCUUUCCUCAUGAAUUCAACUGACACCCCAGUGUCGAAUGAACCUGUAUGUGAGGUGGAGGCGAAAGAUACAGGGAAUGGUACUGCCAAACAGAUGGGUGAUUUCGAAUGGACAAGACCCCAGGUUGGCUACGCCCUUGGAUCCUUCUUCUGGGGUUACAUUCUCACCCAGGUUCCUGGUGGAUGGAUUGCAGGAUACUUCGGAGGCAAACGUGUCUUUGGGAUUGGUAUGCUGAUAACAGCCAUUGCAACGAUGAUUCUGCCAAGUGUUGCGAAGACGACGUACGGUUUUCAGUUGACGCUCUUCAUGAGAAUUAUCAUGGGGAUGGGAACAGGCGUCGCAUUCCCGUCGAUGCAUAAUCUCUGGUCCAAGUGGGCACCGCCACUUGAGCGGACCAAACUCAUUGCUUUUACCUAUGCCGGGACAAUGAUUGGCAAUAUCACUGCCUUCUUCUUGUCUGGUAUACUCUGUGAAUAUGCUGGAUGGCCGUCGAUAUUCUACCUCUUUGGUGGCGGCACCUUUGUCUGGCUUGUGUUCUGGUGGUUCCUUGUGUUUGACAGCCCGAAUGAACAUCCCAGGAUAUCAGCCCUUGAGAAGGACUUUGUAACGAAGGCCAUUGGAAAGUCAGUGCAAAAGAAGACUUUGAAAAUCCCAUGGAAAAAGAUCUUGACGUCCCUCCCCAUCUGGUCUAUCGUUGUGGCCCACGUUUGUAAUAACUGGGGUAACUACACCCUGAUGACGUGUCUACCGUCCUACAUGAAGGAUGUCCUCAAGUUCGACAUGAAAUCAAACGGUCUCUUCUCUGCUCUGCCGUACAUGGGCAUGUUUGUUACAGCGAUUGGUGGCAGUGCUCUCGUAGACUACAUAAGAACGAAAGGCGCUAGUACUACCAUAGUGAGGAAAGUCGUGCAGGGAAUCGCUUUCGGAUUUCCAUGCGUCUUUCUCAUUGGCCUUGGAUUCCUGGAUUGUACCCAGAAAUACCUGGCGGUGGGCCUCGUGGUCAUUGCUGUCACGUUCAAUGCCAUGUGCCGGUCUGGCUACAUCGUCAACCAUGUUGAUAUUGCACCCAGGUAUGCUGGUAUCCUGUUUGGGUUUACAAACACCUUCGCGACAGUCCCGGGAAUGGUGGCACCUCUUGCUGUCGGGCAAAUCACUGUCAACAAAACCCGCGAAGAGUGGCAGAUCGUUUUCUACAUCUGCGCAGGUUUCUAUGGUGUUGGUGCCAUCUUCUAUUCCCUAUUUGGCACUGGCGUGGAGCAGUCGUGGGCCACGAGCGACGAGGACAAGAAGGCCGACCUCGAGGGGGCUGAUGAUAACGAAGCGGAUGAUGGCCAAGUCACCGUACCCCUUAACGCUGUCGGCAGUGCUGAUAAGACAGCUAAUGGUGAAACAGACACAAAGGUUUAAGAACAAUCGAAAUCUAGACACUGAUGUCCACGGUGGAAAGACACUAAGGUUGCGGUAGUCUGGUCUGGUUUGAACAAAAAGUGUGUGAGUGACUGCACAGAGUAGGUACUGGUAGUUCACGAAGAAUAACAACACUGACGUGACAAUGUUACAUGCUAGGUUCCAACACUGAAUGAUGUGGCCAUUUGUAUCUUAUAAAUCAUUCUGACUGACAGGAAGCUUUUUCAGACUGGUAAAAUGGGAGGAGCGUUUGUUGGAAAUGUGGUAGUUGAAAUGGCAGGAGUGUUUUAAAAUGAGAAAGGCAGAUUCACGUACAUUAAUCGAAUGAUUGACGUGUGCCAUUAAUUUUCAUCAUUAAUUGAAAGUUUAUGUUAUGUUUUGUGGUUUCGCAAGUGCCAUGUGCAAAACUAUUAAAGACGAUACACAAAAAUCCAUAUAUUUUCUUGACUGUGUAGAGAGAACGUAUUAUAAUGAGGUUUUCUUGUGAGCAUCGUUUUGCAAUCAUCUUUUUACCUUUUUUAUUUCUUUUUCAAAGCACUGUCGUGCCACGGGUUAUCUUUCUGCCGACGGUGUGCGCGUUACCAUGAUUAUAUACCGGUAGCAGCAUAACAAGAAAGAGCGUCCAUAAUUCGUUGGUAUUCAAAAUCUAACCAUCGUAAAACGGUGACUUAAUCUAAUAUCACGUGGCUGUUUCUUCAAGUUAUGCUUUUAGUUCAAUGUUGUUGUGUGAUAAUCAAUACUGUAUCAAAGGUGCACCUUUAGUACCGGGCUUUCGGGCUACACUACGGACGCCCGUCCUUCCUCGCUUUGAGGAAAAUCGGCCUAGCUUUCACGUGUUGAGAAAGUUUUGAACAUUGCUGGCGAGAGACACACAGCCGACACAAUUAUGCGUGUCUAUCCUGACAUCAUAUGUUAAGUUUGUUACUUAAGUUUGAUAUCUCACCUGCGUGCAGUCUCUAACCAAGGUCACCAAAGUCCUUGGUCAUAAGCCAUUCAAUUAUGAUAGUUUUUGAGUCGGUUAAAAAUGCUUUUACUUGUGCCAUACCACUUUAACAUAUUUCAAGGGAAUUCAACGUUCCAUAACAAGAUUGUCAUCGUUGUGUUAUUUGAUUGUUGUAAAGACUCUUUUUUCACUUGUAUAGGGUCAGUGGCGAAUAUUCACCGAUUCCUUGCUCUGCAGCAUGAAUGUUGGUCUAUAGACGACCAAACUUCACAAGAUGAAAAAAGAACCGAUCGGAUGAUGGGGGGAUCCUUGCCUGACUGGUGACCAAUGCAUUUUGCACAGGGGCUGGACGUGUUGCUGCAAAGCUACUGACCUUACAAUGUGAACACAGAGUGUCAAGUUGGAUUGGCCACCGUGCUACCUCGUGUAGUACAUGUAUUGUUAUUUAUUUGCUCCAUAUUCUAGGCAGAAAAACUGUAAAGCAGCUCCGUGGAUGACCGAGGUUAACCGGCUAUCUGACGGAUAACGACUCGGAACAUUUGUAGGCCUAUUUUCUGGUAUGGUCCCAACCUUAUUUCUUCUGCUUGGCUAAGUAUUUGAGUAUGCUUGCCUGUGAUGGUCUUUUUUGAUCUUGAUUAAUUCUAUCCGAAUUAGGGGACCAUUGGUGACAAAUCUUAGUGAGCACUAUCGUCUCUCCCGGUGAUAGAGCUGUAGUUUUAGAAAUAUGUACAUGGAGAAAAGAAGUCGUAGUAUGAUAAAAUGGCCCCAGAGAACAAUUUUUGUUUCCCAUACAGAGUUCUAGUAUAUUAUUUAUGGUAUUGAUUGUUAAUAAAGAUGUAGUUUGGUCGUAAUGCCAACA